AUGGACACACAACAACCCCAGAGUGCGCAUGACAUCGACCGAAUCGAUGUCCAGACCCAAUACGAAGUCUUCAAGCCAACUAAGUUCGGAGUCCAGCAGCCCUUCUUGUACUGCGACACUGCCUGCACUGGAAGAAUCGACCAGGCGGCCCAGGUCGUGGACAGAUCUGGACUGACCAAAGCCGAAGAAGCAUACAUCAGCCAGUGCAUGGUGCAGUACGCGAGAGAGCACUUCGGCGGAAAUGGCUUCGACAUCUGGGCUACCGUCGGUGGUAAGACUCGCUUUCUCGUUGAUCCUCAGGCGUAUCCAGAAGCGGCUGAAGUGCUGAAAGAAAUGAAAGGUCUUCGUGCGGUUCUGAAGGUGUACGAAACCAAAGGCUAUCCAUACCGAACCCGACACGAUGAUCUCUCUGGUCGGUCGUCGGGGCCCGAUGAUCCUCGGCCUAUAUUCAGCAACGACUACAAGCGGAUGUACCUGCCAGAGGAUCACAGGCUUCGUCAGACCCAUGGCCUACGCUUCAGGUGGUCGAAGGUCGAGUUGUGGCAAGACACGGCCUAUGACAACAACGAGCUGGAUGUAGAAUAUGACGUCCUCGAAAAAGAGAUCAACGAAAAGGUUGGGUCUGAGAAGAUCACCGACUUUCGCCUCUAUCAGGUUGAGGUCAAGAUCCAUACCAAGGAAGUUAGCCUUCGCGAUCUUGUGGGUCUCAUGCUCACUGCCAACAACAUCUUCCAGUCUAAUGCCGCAAGAGAUUUGGUCAACGCUUUCUUGACCAAGGAGUACAUCAGCUCGGAGAGUGUGGUUCGUCACGACAACAAGUUCUAUGAUUUGACCGAUAAGCGAACCGAGACCCUUCAAGGUCUCAAGCGUGUCACAGGUGCUGCUCGAAUCCUCGGCAUCAACUUUGUAGGCGAGGUGGUCAUGUUGAGCAGGUCAGUCACCAACUCCUUUUUGCCGAUGGGACCAGUGUCGGACUUCUUGCAAACCCGCUUCGGACAGCCACGUUCUGACUCAGAUGAUUUCUAUCUCGAAAACAUGCGCUCUACGUUGCGAGGCAGAUUCGUCCGGACCUCCAGCCAGACCAAAGCUAUAGCUGAGAUACCUGGCGACCUGUCACAUGCUGUCGUGCCAGAACAUAAGCACAAGGACUGGCCGAACAAUAAAGCCAACAUGUUGCUCUUCCCUUACAUGCCUGCACUCAACCUUGGUGCCAUGCAGCGGCCAGUCAUGAUGCCACCGGAGCUAUGCACCUUGACUCCCAUGCAAAGCAUCAAGACGAAGCAGGGUAUAAGACCACAACGUGGGGCUGCAGCUGUAGAACUCGGGCAGGCAACAACGUCCACUGCCAAUACGAACGAGAACACAGAGAUCACAGACAACGUCGUCUCCCAAUCGAUCAAAAAGCCUGACGCGAGCACUUUGGAUACCCAGUUCCAGCGCCUUUACACGAAAGAAAUGAAGCCGGAAUUUCUCUUCGUUGAAGUCACUAUGGCUCACGGGGAGCGUGCUGAAACCUGCAGUUGGACGAAACUACAGCACGACCUUGCCGAACACAUACGAGUGAAGGACUGCGAGCCAGAGUGUAAGACUUUGUCGCUCAACUUCGAUCCUGCUGACUCAGGGCUCAUUGAUAAGUGGACCGAGGAGCUGAGCAAGCUCGCAAAGGAAAGACGGCCGGAUCGUAAGCACUUCUUGAUCGCAGCCAUCCCAGCCGGCCAGCACAACAAGCGUAUUUAUCAGGCUUUGAAGAACAUAUGUGACAUGGCUGUCGGGCUCCAAAGCUUUAUCGUUGGCGCUGGUACCCUUGGUCAGAAGCUGGACAAGGACAUCGAUUCAGGGAAGCUGGUAUCCAAGCCCGCUUCAUCGAAGUCUCCUGCUGGUAAUGUGCUGCACAGAAUGCGUCUACGCAACCCGGCAAUGUUUUUGCCUCACAAUCCUGACAAGGGCCAAGUCUAUGACCUGGCUGUGGCGGUACAUAUUGCACCAAUAUCAAAGAACAAGGAUGGCGCCCUCAGCAGCGAUCUCUUCCUCAUCUCCAUCGUCGCUCGUAGCAUGGAAAGUGCCACGGAGUACUACACCGAUAUCUCGCUGGUCAAUGUCGACGAUCAAAUGCUGAUGGAUCCAAUGCGCAAGGUCGCGUUCCUUCUGUCACACGCUGGAAAGCCAAAGGGUGGACGAAAGCACCGCAUCACCGUCUUCCGCUCCGGCGUGAUGCCUCACAAGCAUGCCGCUGAGCAUGGUGCUCAGCUCGCGCUCCGUGUCAAGCCGAGCAAGGCACCCGAUGUUCAUACAGUAUCGACUGCUACCGCUGCACGCGAGUUUGCACAGCUUGAGAGCCACCUGAAGGAAUUCUCUGCAGAGAAGCGGAUUCAGGCAGCAUACAUUCUUGUCGGCGAAGACAGGAGCAUCAUCGGUGCUACAGAUCCAACACAGGCGACUGCUCAGAGGACCGAUGCUGGUCGAACACCCAAGGCUACCACAGUCCUCAGAACGACUAACAUCCAUGAUUCCAUGCGUGAGCAAAAGGCUUCGCUGCGACACGUCAGCUUGGCGAAGGACACACGAGCGCCCGCUACUGUCUCUAUCAAACAUAUUGGUGGCUCUGUUGCUUCAGCAGCCGUCGAAGAGGAUCGAAGUGCUUUGGUUGAUCCGGCCAACGCUCAGAACGCAGCCAACGCCUUCGCGAACGCAUUGGAACGCCUGUCCAGUGUCUUCCGUGACGAUCACCUUGGUCUCUACAACACCAAGUGGCCCGUUCCCACUCAUCUUGCCCGACUCGCAGCAGACAGAGCCGAACUUCACCUCGCACGGGACGCUGCGGGCAAUUUGAACCCCACGGCUGGCCUUCAACCCAUCGCUCAAGGAGUUUGCGACACCCUCUACUACGUCUAA